UAGUUUCCAAGUGGAGGGAGAGCAACGUGUCGUAACGCAGCAAUGACUGUCUAUAAAUUGGGGAGGUGCCACACAGCGAAGCAGAAGUGUGGAGGAGUCUGGCUUUUUCCUAGAAAGCGGUAGCAGCGUGUAGAAGCCGGCAGCAGUAGCAGUUCGUCAGUUGAACGAUUGACAUCGACUUUUACUAGUAGCGCAGCGCCAUGGAACGUCACGCACCACGCGCGUCCUUCUUCUAUCUCUGCCUGUUGUCCAGCUGUAUGGUUGUUGCAGUCAACGCUGUGCCCGUCCCGACCACAGGAAAACCAUCUACUCAGACGGUUGGCGAAGAAAGUUCCAGUUUCGGCAUGCCGUAUGAAUUUCCUGACGAUUAUUCAAUCAGUCUUGAGGAAGCAAUGGCCACCCGGAAGGAGUUUGCCAGUGCGGCAAUUCUUAAGAUGGUCACGGACAUAAUGACUGAGAUUGCACAAGGCAAGAGGGUUCGAGAAGAGAUGAUGGAGGCAAUCGAAGAUCUGCAAGGCAGGCUGAAAGGUCAACACGAAGAAGACGCGAUCCAGAUUCCGCUGGAUACAACAAGUCAACAUGUACGUGACGACAGCAAGAGAUCAGAGUCCAAAGAGAAGAGACCCAAGUCCUGCCGAGAUCUACAAAAGGCUGGCCAUUCACUCAGUGGAUUCUACCUCGUCAGAGGAAAGGCCCAGCAGCGAGUGGACGUUGUCUUUUGUCCGUUUAGCAACGAUACGGAAAACGAGAAUUCUUUAGUCGUUGAAGAAGCGAUUGAUUUUGUUGCAGCCUAGGCUAUCACACACAAAGAAAGAGGCAAUCUCCCGUAUACAUAUAUAAAUAUAUCUAUAUCUAUAUCACAUUUAUUUUGACAUGCAUCGUUAUUAAUAAUGGAUGAUGACGCGAUGAUGUUUUAAACCCACUUAGUUUGCAAACCGACUGUUGGUCUGCUGGAUGGUCCAUGUAUUUUGUGGCUCGUAUAAGAAGAUUCGCACAAGUAUUCAGCUGCUAUUUUGAAAAUUGCCGUAUCUUGUUCUGUUUUAUUUCUUUCUCAACUGAAUACAAACUAUUUGACGUUGUUAAA